UGUAGCAACGACGGACUCGCUCUUUGCAACUUGUGUUUGCUCGCACCUGACCGCCUGCAGGCCGGAGUCUCUCUCGAGUCCCCCCCCCCCUUUGUAUCUGUUUGCUGUGAGUUCUGCGCCUUCAGCCUGCUGACUGUACCCCCCCCCCCCCUCGGCUUUUUGCUCCUCCUUAGGGGGGGAGCUUCACACCAAGCGGUGUGCCUGGGACGAGGCAUCAGCAAACGAGCCUCCGAUCGCAUCCACCGGGAGGGGGGGUGGGGAAGGGAGGGAGCAAUUGAAUUUCAAACACAAACAACUGCAUGGGGUACCGACCCGUCUCCCGGGAGCCAACCUGCUUCUAGCACCACCGGCUCCCGUGUCCCCCCCCCACCCCAGCCCCCCCCAGGCCGCUUGCUCUCCGGAGGGGUGGGGGAGAGCCGCUCGCCGGAUCGCUGGGGUUUGCCUCCAAACUUCACCCUCCUCCCCCACUACCUAAGCCCGCACCCCCCCCCCCACUUUCCAGCAGCCUGGCGCUCAAGGCGAAGAUGUCCCGGUCCAACAGGCAGAAGGAGUACAAAUGCGGGGACCUGGUGUUUGCCAAGAUGAAAGGCUACCCCCACUGGCCUGCUAGGAUCGACGAGAUGCCAGAAUCCGCCGUCAAAUCCUCCUCCAAUAAAUACCAAGUCUUCUUCUUCGGGACCCAUGAAACGGCGUUCCUGGGUCCCAAAGACCUCUUCCCCUACGAAGAGUGCAAGGAGAAGUUCGGGAAGCCCAACAAACGGAAAGGGUUCAGUGAAGGCUUAUGGGAGAUCGAGAACAACCCGACCGUCAAAGCCUCUGGGUAUCAGCCGACCCAGAAGAAGAGCUGCCCAGAGGGUGCUGAGCCCGAGCAGGAGCUGGAGGGCGACGGUGAGAAGAAAGGCAACGCGGAGGGCAGCAGUGACGAAGAGGGCAAGCUGGUGAUCGACGAGCAAACCAAGGAGAAGAACGAGAAGGCUGGGAUCAAGAGGAAAGCGGAAGAUGCCUUGGAGGACUCCCCUAAACGCGCCAAAGAGGCGGAGGGCCAGGAAGGGGAGAAGAAAGUAGAGAACGAAGACGCCCCCAAGGAGGGAGAGAAACAGAAGCCCAGCCCCCCCGAAGGGGAGAAGGAGAAGAACAGCGACCCCACUGGAGUCCCGGACUCGAGAGAGGCCAAGCCAGAGGGGAAGGAGAAAGCUGCCAUGGAGGAAAUCAGAGAUCACAAGGAGAGUCUGUAGCUGGCCGGCCUUCCCAAGCUGAGCUGAUCGUCUGAGCUGUUCCUUUCCCGCUGGGUUCCCUGGGUGCUAAACAGUUUCGUUCCUCAUCGGCUCAUCGUGUCUGCAAUUCGGGAAAAAAAGAAAUAAAAAGAAACCAGUAACACGAACCAUCCCGUCUCUCCCCCCUCCCUCCCUCCCCUCCGCCCACCCGUAGCAGGGCGCAUGCUUGUAAUAGUGAUUUCUAGGGGGCGCUGAUCAGUUGAUUUGAAAUAAAAGCGAUUCAUGCCUUUUUAAAAUGUUUCCUAUCACUUCCUACAACUUGCUUUCUCUUCAGUGGUGCUUGCGCGAGGGUUUAAAGUCAGGUGGUCUCCGGGGAGGAGAGGCAGAGUUGGAGUCUGUCUCUUUCAAGAAUUGCUGGAUAGUUCCAUUUUGUUUUUGAGGGGUUUCCUUGAUGAAAUUUAGAUGAACUGGGCCUUACUCUCAUUUACACGAAGGCCCCUUGAUGCUGCAUGUGCCACGUUAAAAGGGCCUUAAAGUGCGCACAAAGGACCCUUUGCGUGGCCAGAGCAAUGUCAGAGGGCCUUCGUGUAAAUGUGACUCAUGGCCCAUUGGUCUGUUUCCAGUUCUGAGUCCCAGAAGAGCAAUAGCAGAGGGAGAUGCACCAAUCAGAUUUGGGAAUCUUGCUCUUGUGAGGAUGCACCACAGAGAUCCCUUACCUAACUGUGCAUUCCCUGCUCCAUAAAUGGGAUUCACCAUUGGCUUGUGCUUCCUGCGUUGUUAAUGGGCACGAGUCCCUUUAAACAGGACUAGGGGCGUGAUGUCCCGCUUUGCCCCAGCUGCUGUUUUCCAUAGCCGCUGUCCAUCAGACAGGCUUAGAUAGGUCGCGUUCCUUGCAAGGUCUCCCCCCAAACUCGGUGGCAAGCGAUGCUCAAGGCAUCAUAAGACGCCAGCCUUGCUGCCGUCCUAGACUGACUACAGGAAGUGCACCUCCGUCUUACCAGGUCAUCUUUCAGCGGGUCGAUUGGCUGAGCUGGUGCAGGAUGGGAUUGGAUGGCUCGGGGAUAGAGUUGGCUGAAUUUUAAUUUUUUUUUUUUUUUUUUAACCUCCGUGGAAAAUGUAGAUUUUUUUGGCAGGAAUUUCAAUACCAAAAAACAUUUGGCCAAAAACUAAAAAAAAGUCAACUGGGAAAUGCUGUUGCAGUGGCUCAUGGGAGUUGUAGUUCAGGUCAGACUCCCUGGUCAGAGUACAUCUCCCAUGAUGCACCAGAGUUUCCCUUCUUGGAGAGAAGAACCAGUUCAUCCUGGGAGCCCCUGGCCAUGGUGCAUCUUGGGAGAUUCCCAUGAUGCACUGUGGCAGCAUUUUCAAAUCAACAUAUAUCAGUUUUUGCGCAUUUGGUUUUUCAGCCAAAAAAACCCAAACAUUCAAAAUUUCUGCGGCAAAACAAAUUUUUUUCAAAAUAUUUCAUUUAGUCGCAAACCCAAUUUUCCGACAAAACCCAGUUUUGAUGGAAAAAGCUUUCAGCCAGACUCAGACAGGAGAUUAGUGGUAGGCUGUGAAGUUCUUUGUCUCUGGGGCCCCAUUUUGGAUGCAGUGCAAUGGAGGACGGUUGCGCCGUUUUGUGGCCUUCAUGUGAUGAUUGACUGCUCUUGGACCAGUGGGCAGAUGUGUCUGAAAACCGUCACCAUUUGCCCCUAAAUUGCUGAGACUGCCAGAGAAGCCAAUGCCCGAGUGAGCCACUCUUCCCUCUGGGGAAGCGUUGUGGAGCGAUGUGUGCGGCCCAAGCUUAUGAAUCAAGAGACCAAGGGCUGUCCCUCCAGUCACAAGGCUGUCCCUUUCACCCAGCACUAAAUUCAUUUUCAAAAUUUCAAAGGCAGUGGUGAGGAUUGCCCUAUACGCCUAUAAGGAGAGGGACACGUGUUAUCCGCCGUUUCCAUCCUGUCUGUGAUCCCAAGAAUCCGGACAGUCUGUGUCCCUGGUGCCACUCUGUAGAUUUCAGCGGAAGCUGCAAGCAGAUCUGAACUCUUUUGACAACAGCUCACAAACUCUUGCCCCCAAAUUGUUCAGCUGAUCAGAAAUCCCUUGAUUUGCUGCACACUCUGCCCCCUCUUCCUACUGGGGGAGGUAAUGAGUGAACCCACGGAAAUCCAUGAAGUGUGCACUCUGCUAUAGGAACGUCUCUUACUUUAUUUCGUUAGGCUUUUUUUUAAUUAUUGUUUUUAACUGAAUCGCUAAAGUGUUUUAACGCCUCUAGGCUCCACGUGGUGGUUUGGAAUUAGCGGAGAUCUGUGAUCGCUGCUAGUCCUGGUUUGGUCUGAUCGGUGAUACUGUGGCCAGUUGGGCUAGACAGAUUUCUGCAUGUUGCUGUGUUUUAUCUGGAAAAAGAAAAGGAGGACUUGUGGCACCUUAGAGACUAACCAAUUUAUUUGAGCAUUAGUUAGUCUCUAAGGUGCCACAAGUCCUCCUUUUCUUUUUGCGAAUACAGACUAACACGGCUGUUACUCUGAAACCUGUUUUAUCUGGGUGUUUUCUUACACUGCUGACGGGCACAAGAUUGCCAGAAUUUAUCGGCCAGGAGGGGAAAAAAAUUAGGAAAAUGCUGACUAAUUGCAUGCAAUUUUACCUGUAUUUCAAGCAGCUAUUUAGAAUUUAGUUUAAAAUUUCAGUGGAGGAAAAAAAUUGAAGAUUUUUACCAACCUCCCCCCCGCCCCUCCAAACCCACCCAGUGGACAUCAGGGUGCAGUUAGCAACCUUCCUAGAACUCGGACGCCUGGGUUUGCCAGUCUGGUUCAAUCUUUUAAGGGAAGCAAAGGAUACACCCAAAGAGUUACUCAACGAGAUGAGGGCUUUGAUACAGCUGGCUGCCACCCACGUGAUAUUUCUGAAACUUUCGUGACCAGAGCUGGUCAGAAUUCCUGCAGGAGUUUAAAAUUGUGACACAAUUCUUGUUGGAAUGAUGAAAUUUUGACACAAUUCUUGCCUGACUUGUGAAACUUUUGCUGCCAUUUUGACAAAGAUUUAAAUGUUGACCAAAUUUAUUUUAAAAAAUGGGGAAAAUUUCUAUAGUUGAAAAAAUUCAAAAACAUUACUUUUUUUUGAGGCAAUAGGGGGGAAAAAUGUCCCCUCCUUACUGGCCCUCCCACCCGUAACCAGCCGUAUUCUUGACCAUCACGUGGAAAGACAAAGUAGCAAAACCUUGGAGGAUAUAAAGCGCUGAUUUGCUGGCACGUUGCUGCUGACUGCUGCCCAGAGGCGGAACAAAGCUCUGGGUUGAAAGUAGUUUUCAUUCCGAAUCUAGUGGCUUGGCGUGGCUAUGCAGCCACAGGGCCUGGGGCUCCGUGUAGAUCCUGCGUGGUCACAGAUCAGGAGGUCUCCCAGCAGGGUGGUUUUGGGUUAUUUGAGCUCUGGAUUUCGGCCUUGAUCCUGCUGCAGGUUUUUCCGUUUGACAUGAAUGGCAACAGGGGCGGACUGUGCAUUGCCUCUAGCCCAGUUUUUUGCCUGUCUAAUGGGCCUGGUUCUCCAGCGCCCUGUGCAGUCGUUUACACGGGUGCAAAAUGAUACCGAUGCCACCCACUUGUUUUGCUCUGGUGUCAAGGAUUGUCCGGCGGGCAGGCCGAUGAAGAGCUGAGUACCAGGCGUUUGCAGAUCUCAGUGCCAGGAACUAGCAGGGCAGCUGCUGUUCCACAGAGACAGCUGGAAGAUUGUCCCUCUGAUUUUGCAGGACUUUUUUGGGAGGUGCAUUUGAGCAUUCUGCUGGGCAACGGCAGGAGGUGGGCUAUUGUUGGGCAGAGCCUUUCUAGGAGACAUCUGUGUGAGGAGGAGUCUCCCUUAAAGGAGACCCCCUUUCUCCAAAAGCCCCACAUUCCAGCAGCUCCUGUUGGCCAAGGGGAACCCAUCAAUGUUGCCAUUUUGGGGGUGCUCCCUUUGCUAGAAGCUGUGUGUGCUGCUCCUCCAGGGCUCCCAGACCCACCAUCCCAGGAAGCGAGGACAGGAAAGGGGGUGUCCACCCACAAGGAACUGGGGGUGUGCUGCCUCUGUGGCGCUUCCAGCCCUCACCAGACAGGGGGUGCCCUCGGGGCCUCUGCCGGACUCCUAAAUGGGGUAGCCAGAGACCAAGCCUAGGGGUGAAAUCUCAGAGGAAGACACUGGCUUGAUUCUUGGUUGCUCUGUUCCUGUGUUCGGAGCAGGGGUUGUGUUUGGGAUGGUGGGGGAGAGUUGCUUUAGAGCUCCUUUAUGGUCUCUAGGCCCAAUUACCCUUCACCCAGCACCUUGUGUGCUUACAUACACCAGUGGCUGUGAAUCAAUACCAAAGCAUACCGCAGAAGGCACAGGGCAAUGGCAAAUCAGGCCUCCUGUGAUCCAUGGGCGUGCAGAAACCCUGCCCAGCCUGCAGUUUAAAUUAGAGCAGCCUUGGGGGUGCUCUAACUUAUGCUCUGCUCCCCGUGUCCCUUAAAGGGCCCUGGGAAGCAGAGACUAGCCAGUGCACGGUAUGCUUUGGUCACAUCCCUGAUCUGCCGCCUUACAUCAACUCCCCUCCCUGGUGUGGGAUUCUCAGAGAGCCAGUUCCACCUAUAUUAAGGCUCCAAACGGCCAACCUGAGCGUGACUGAGAAUCAGAGCGCUAACCUCAGGGGCCGCCAGUUUGAGCCCAGGGAACAUGCCUAUAAAAUAACAGGAACUAGACCUCACUUCUGGUCCAAGUGGUGACCUGAAUCCAGGUCUCCAGGGGGAUGUAAGACACAUUCAUUCAGCACCCAUUGUGGAUAUACGCACGGAAGGUUUGUUCUUUUUUUUUUUUUUUUUUUUUCCCAGCGUGGCUUGUGGUCACGGAUCCGAAAGGAAAUUCAAAAAGGAUUCUGGGGAAUAUUUAUCAAAAUAUUUUUUAAAAAGGAAAAAAUAAAAUAGGAUGGCAUUUUUACCAAAAAAAAAAUAUAUAUAUUAAAAAAAAGUUCUUAAAAACAAAACCAUGAUGAAUAGCUGGAAAAGUAAUUGGUUUAGCGAAUGAUUUUUUUUUUUUUUGUAGUCUGGCUUAUUUUUAAACUCGUGUUUCUACCUGUCCCUGAGCCCAGGUGUCUCCUCUUUUUCUCUGUCUCGCUCUCCCGUCUUUCUCUCUAUGUGCUGUAAUCGUAUUCCGAUUUGUAACAUACGGAGGAAAAUAAAAGACAAACAACCCUGCCUUGGUUCUUUCUGAGGCUGUGAUGAACACUAUUGUUGAAUUUAGCUUUGGAAUAGUACAGAGAAUAAAAAAACCACAGAAAAAUGUAGACGAUUUCAAUUCUCUAGGACAAUAAAAAUGUUGAUUAUUAUGAGA